AUGAAAGAAGUUGAUCGAUCAACUCCCCGAGGCAACGCCGGAAUGCCUUCAUCAUUUCAGAUUGGUUGUGCAUUGGUUGGAUCUGUGGGAGCAUUGUCCAACGAAGUUUCGUUGAUCAAUUUAGCAAUUGGACUAUUUACACUUGUUGCAAUUGAAAUUUGUAUGCUUGAGUUUGCUGGAACAUUUUUUCUGAAAUUUAUGGGGUCCUGCAGUAUUUUCAGUGAAGCUGACCUUAUUGAUGCAGAUUAUAUGGAUUAUCGAGUUGAUGGUGAAUUUGAUGUUCGAAAUAGUUUUCUUAGUCCUGUAACUCCUGUUAUAGGUAGACAUACAUAUGGUUCAGAUGAUUCUCUAGGAAGGUUUGUCUAUGAUCCAACUUAUUAUUCUUCCCUCUUUGAAGAUGUUAAUAAUUCAUAA